AGAAAGAUUGCGUCAUCAUCCUGCGUUUGAAAACAACAUGGCCACCUAGUGAGCAAGUAGUCGAGCAUUCUGUGAUAAAAUCCUUGUUUUUGGUCAACAGAAGUAUUCUUCAUUAUAAGUCCAGGUUUCAUUCCACCUCGGAGGCAUUUGAUUUUAUAUGUAUUUGAUAUAAAAGUGUGUUAUCAGAUAAAAAAAAGAUGAAGUCGGACGUAGAGGAGUUGAUGCCCAGGCUGCUGCCCAUUGAGUUUGAAGUCAGUGCAGAGGAGCUGGACCUAAAUGGAGCGCCGAGAAACCCCCGGGAGUACCUCCGACAAGUCCAACUGGAGGCAUCACUCUGUCCAGAGGUGGUGGUCGCACAGAUCGACCCCAAGAAACUGAAGAAGAAACAAACAGUCAAUGCCUCAGUGGCAGGUUGUCACGCGGCUCCAGCAGGUUUCUCCCCCAGUCUCAGUUGGCAGCAGCAUCAAGUCGGUAACUUCUCAGAUGUCAGACAGAGCAUCACAAAGAACAGAAUCCACUGGAGCAGCCACACUCUGGAUGACAACGUGCUGAUGCCCAAGCUAACAGACGAAGAGGGCUGGAAAAAGUUUUGUUUAGGAGAGACGGUCUAUCUGGGUGCUUCAUCGGACUGCACAGAAGCUGAAUCAGAACCAGCACUGGACUACAGCAAGGUCGGCUUCCCUCCCUUUCUCAGCAUCGUCAGCAGACUGAAUCAGUCCACAGUGCUGAUGGUGUUGGAAAGUCUCAUCAGUUGGUUUGAAGAACACGAAUUUACUCCUCAGCUGGGUCGCUGGCUGUAUGCUCUGCUGGCCUGCCUGGAGAAGCCUCUGCUGCCUGAAGCUCACUCCUCCAUCAGACAGCUGGCCAGGAGAUGUGCUCAGCUCCGCAGUGCUCUGGAGAGUGAGGAAGACGAGAAACUGCCUCCCCUCAAUCUGCUCAUCUGUCUGGUUGCCAGAUACUUUGAGCAGAAUGACCUAGCAGACCAACCGGAGUGAGCGAUGUUCAGCAUAGAAGACAUGAGAGAUAUUUUCUUCUGGACUGGACGCUCUGCAGUCGAUGGACAGGAACCUUUCAGGGAGUCUUUGCCUCCACGUGGAGAGAACUGAACAUUUCCGUGGACACUGCAGUGGAAACGAGCACUUGAAGGGUCUAUGGGAGUUCUGCAUUCACUGCUCUGAAAGUUACAGACAGAGCAGGAUCUUUGGAGACCGGAUCUUUAACUUGUGACAUGUUAUUUCUAGAAGCGAGACCUUAUGGAGUUCAGCUGUUAAACAAGGAAGUAGCCAAAGCUGUUUGAUAAUGAUUAUUUUGUCUAUUAAAGAUUAAUGAUUUCUACAA